AUGGCGCUUUUCAGUCGAAAACGCUUGGCUGCUCUAGAUCUGGACACAAGCGAUUCGUUUGACUGCUACGAUGCGAUGGGCCACGGCCUCUACCAGCAGCGCCUGUUCUUUCUCUCUUCCGCCUUCUCGCUGUACGUUCACUGCAGCAUCCUGGUCUUCUAUCUCAUAUCGAGCGACGUGGACCACUGGUGCCGACCGCCGGCCGACUGGCCAACGUCCGUCGCAGAAUGGAGGAACUCGGCCAUCCCCCUGGAAGCCGACGGCAAGCCCAGCCGGUGCACCGUCUACAAGUAUCCAGGCGACCCAAACGAUACCGACGUCACCGCUUGCGACCACUGGGACUACGAUCCAAAGAACAAGCGGAGGACCAUCGUGAGCACCUGGAACCUGGUCUGUAAACGGCGAUUUCUCAUGGCUGUUAUACAGCUCGUGCAGCUCGCGGGUUUCAUCUUGCUACCCAGCAUUGCCGGCUACAUGAUGGACCGCGUCGGCCGCCGACCCCUACUCCUGCUGUCCACCGCCGCGCUCAUUGUCGGCACGUGCGGCGGAUGUUUUGCCAACACGUUCGCCCUGUAUGUGACCAUCAGGUUCCUCAACACCGGCUGCGCUGGCACGGGUGCCCUGGCGGCCUUUGUACUGGCAUUCGAGACGACCAGAAACGAGUACCGAACAUCGUAUGGCGUUACGGUCACCUUGUUAGCCCUUAUGGUCACCGAGCUGUGGUUCAACGUGAUCAGCGAAUUCAACAUCGAAUGGUUCCUGCUUCAAGCGAUCUUCCUCUCACCCACGGCCUUUGCGUUCCUCACUUUCUGGUUCGCCGACGAGUCUCCGCGAUGGCUCAUCUUCGCCAGAGACAUGGCCUCAGCGGAAGCCGUGAUGCUGGCGGCCGCGAAGAUGAACAACGUGCCACUGCCCAUCACCUCCUGCCUGUUGAACGCGAUAAAAGCCGAGGUGAUAAAGGCCGAGGAGCGCGCCAGAACGUCGCCCAUGCCCGCCGAGAACUCGUGGGCGAACUACAUACCCACUCGAGCACUCUUCAUGUUCGGCGCCUACUUCUCCGUCACCUUCACGUACCUCGUGCUCCUCCAGUCGUCUCUGCAGCACAGUGUGUACACCUGGACCCGCUGGUUGUCGCUACCCUCCAAUAUGCUUACGACACUGUUCGCGUACAAAUUUAUAGGCCGGGUACGUCCUCUGGAGCUACUCAUAUGGUGCUUCGCUCUUCUCGGAGGCCUCGUAUGCCUGCUCAGCCUGACCUUGGGAGACCCGACGGGUGUGCUCGCCCAGCUGUUCUACAUCCCAGCAAAAGCGAUCGCGCUGGCGAUGACCGUCCUGGCCGGCAUAUGCGUGUGCGAGGUGUUCCCGACACCCGUGCGCGCAACCGCGUUGAGCUGGUCUUUCGCCGUCGGCCGAAUGGGAGGCGUGUGCGGCACGGUCGUGGCGGGGCUCAAGGUCGUCGGUCGCGAAGACCUCGCCCUGGCCAUUUCUGCCUGCAUGAUGUUCCUCUCGCUGGCGGCGCUCAUUCGCAUGCCGGGAAAAGACACGGGACCCACGAUCAACCUACGCAGGAUAUCCGCCUCGUGCAGCCAAAGCCUGGACCACAUGAAGAUGACGCUGGAGCCUCUGGAUUACCGGAAGCCCGACAAAAGGCAUUUUAGCCACGACCGCAGAAGGACCCACUCUUCGAUCUCGUCCCGAAGGCGUAGUUCCUUUUGGGAUAGCUAA